UGAUACUACACGAAGUCACCAAACAAAGCGCAGUAUAGUAUAAUGUCGGUUGGUACAGACUCCGACGACCUCCAAGCUCUCGCCACCGCGCAACGCCGUGAACUCAUGGCGGCGGAAGCCAUGGAAUCCGACUUCGAAUUCGCAUUCCACCUCCAACUCCAGGAAGCCUUAAACGCCUCCCUCUCCCUGCAGCCUUCCACCUCCACCGAUCUCCCGGCGAUACCGCCUGACAACAAACCGUCAUCAUCCGCCGCCGCCGCCGCCGACGGUGAAAGUCUGAGUUACACCGCCGCCCUGUCGCAGGAGCUUGUGAAAUUCCAGCAAGAGCUCGAUGACCAGAAGCUUUCGGUGACGGAGUUCAAGAAAAUCCGAGACGAUCUUCACCGUCGGAUUCACGACCAGAAGUUCGCCGAGGAGAUCAUGCGGAUUCCGGAGGAUGAGUGGGAAGAUUGGGGCGGCGACUUUGAGCGGCCGUUUGGGGAAGGGAGUUCUAAGAGUGUAAACUCGGAGGUUUUUAGGGUUUAUUUUAAAGGUUUGAUCGAAAAAUGUGGCCCGAAACACGUUUUGGGUGGGAUUGGCGUUGCAAUUUGCGAUUCCAGUGAUCAGUUGCUAUUUGAAUUGAGUAAACCGUUGCUAGGAAGUGAAUUAAAUCGACAUUGCGUCGAGUUUAAGGCCUUAAUAGAGGGUUUGAACGCUGCACUCUCCUUGGAAUUGAAGAGAGUUGUGUUCUAUUGCGAUUACCGGCCCAUACACCGUUUUGUUACAGGCCAUUGGUCACCUAAACAGCGAAAGGUUGCAGCUUUAGUGAAUCAAGUGAAUGCGUUACGGGGGAAAUUUGUAGUGUGCAACCCAUCUUUUGUGGCUCGAAACGAAAUUAAGUUUGUUUUUAAAUCUGCACGGGAAGCGUUGGAUUCUCAAGUUAAGAAACAGGCAGAGUCUACUGCUUCUAGGGCCGUGCGUGAGACUUGUGUGAUUUGCUUAGAGGAUGUGGAAGCUGUCGAGAUUUUCUCGGUUGAUGGUUGCAUGCAUCGAUAUUGCAUAUCUUGCAUGAAGCAACAUAUAGAAGUGAAAUUGCUUCAUGGGGUGUUGCCUGUGUGUCCUCACGAUGGCUGUAAUUCGGAACUGAGAAUUGAUAGCUGUAGGAAAAUUUUGACGCCUAAGCUUAUUAAUAUUUUGAACCAACGCAUCAAGGAAGCUUCGAUUCCUGAUGGAGAGAAAGUCUAUUGUCCUUAUCCCAAGUGCUCUGAACUGAUGUCGAAAAGUGAGGCUUGGGAAUACUCAAGAGGGGCCGUUGUACGCUCCAUAUUAAUAAAUGGAGCUAGGACGUGCACAAAAUGUAAGAGUCAGUUUUGUAUUAAUUGCAAAGUUCCAUGGCAUGAUAAAAUUAGUUGCAAUGAGUACAAGAGAAUGCAUCCAAGCCCCCCAGAAGAUGUGAAGCUGAAGAGUUUGGCUGCCAAGAAUCUGUGGCGACAAUGUGUGAAAUGCAACCAUAUGAUUGAACUAGCUGCCGGGUGCUACCACAUGACUUGCAGAUGUGGCUAUGAGUUUUGCUACACUUGUGGAGCUGAGUGGAAAGACAAGAAACAAACUUGCACGUGCCCUCUUUGGGAUGAGGAUUACAUCAUAGAUUCAGACGAGGAUGAUGACUUCGAGGACGAUGACUAUUAUGAUGAUAUGGAAGAUUUUGGUUCCGAGUCAGACUAUGAUGAAGUUGAUUACUGGUGACUAGUGAAGGUUACAAUUGCAUCUUAUCUCCCAUUGGGGACCUGAAUAUACUGGUAUUUGCCAAAGCUGGUGUCUUGACACAUCACAAUUUAACUCACCUUUGCUUUGGUCUGUACAUGAACUCCAAGGGAUGGUUUUGGCUUUAAUUUUUAACCUUUUUUUUGUUGGGUUUCCCAAUGUCUAACUUUUUUUGCUGCUGUGGCGUUGUGAUUUUAGAACAUUUUAUGUGUGCAGUGUCAUAACUUCAUCUGUCUGUCUGGUUAUUUUCAUAAGAUCCAUACAGGGUGGAAUUAAUGCACCACAAAUAUUGUAGCGGAA